AUGAAGUUUUUGUUUACUAAGCGCGAUGUCGUCCAGUUUGAAAUUGCUAUACUGAAGAUUAAUCUCGCAAGGACGAAGGCGGAUAGGCUCACAAUCUCUUUGGCAAUACUCACAAUUCUCGUGAGAUCCCACAGGGAUCAUCAUAUAGCCCAGUUUGGAUUGCUGAAUAAACGUAUCGUUGCCGCCAACAAUAAACCGUGA